AUGAGCAGGUCUUCAUCGGCAGAGACACCGCCUGGUGCCCAUCAAAGUAGAGACUCAAUGUUCACUUUCCCAGAGUCAAAUAGAGAGAACUCAGGAGCCAAACCGCUGGAUAAAGCACCUUUAACAAACAGAAGAGAGGAGAAUAGUAUACUUGAAGGAGGGGGCCUUUCUUCUUCUAAGCUUGCUAUAACUCAAGGUAAGAAAAAUCACAAUACUAUGAAUAAUGAAGCUAUCUCACAGACCAUUAACACAUCUGAGAACCCAUUUUUGAGUACGCAUUCAAUUACACCAAAGCCUAAUACGACCCGCUCAAGACGGCCGCCGCCUCCUACAUUAGACAUGGAUGCCCUAAAAAGAUCAUUGCAAUUGGAACACACCCCAUCUUUUCCCUCCUCUACAUCACCGUUAACACUCGACCCAGUAACUAACAAAAAUAGUGACUUAGAAAGAGAUCAUCCAAGCUAUAAAGGUGCUCGGGGUCAUUUAAGACAAAAAUCGCAAGCAGAGGAGCUAGUAGCUGACAUAGAUAGCUAUUUAGUCAGGCAAGAAAAAGAAAACGAUGGAGCUGUUCCAAAUGACCAAGCUGACACAGACACACCUACUACGGAAGCACCUAUUUAUAGUGUUAGUAGGGAACACUCUUUACUUUAUGAAAGUCCGUUAAGAGAAGGCCUUUUUAAUGACGAUGCAUUAUUCGGCAGGAAGAGUGAAGAAGAUAGGUUCUCGUUUACCGAGUCUCCUACAAGUAGCAAUUCAAAAGCUAUGAGUCAUUUUCUCCCAGAUAUUGAUAUUAGAGAAAACCACAAUAUCAGAAUCAAUCCAUUUGUGGAUGAACAUGAUGUCCUUGAAGAUAUAAAGAAUUCUCCUUUGAAUAUGAUAGGCAGCCAAGAUAACGAUGAAACAGUAAAAGCAAAUUUAGCUUUAGAGAAUUUAUCAUCUUCUGACGGUGAUCACAUAUUUGCGGGACCUGUACGUAAAGAACCCAAGAGGGUAUUUAGAGUAGUUAACGAAGACCAUCCAACUUUUUACAUGAACACCGAGACUCCAGAUGGAAGUAGUCUAUACAUCGAAGAAAAGAACGAUGGAUCUGAACGAACUCAUUUCUCUGACAUCAAAUCAAACACUACAAUGUCCACUUCAGAUGAUAUACAAAGUCGCUCAUCCCAUAUCAACAGUAACAUGUCAACACCUAGUUAUAACGCAUCAAUACCAGAAGAAAAAGAAGUUGAUAUAGGGCAUCUACUUGACACCAUAUCAACAUCAUCUUCAUAUAAGGAGCCACAUACGCGUCUUUUGGAUACUCCUACCAUAAUAAGUACUCCUACUAUAAUGAGCACUUCAAGCACGAAGAGUUCGAAAAGUGGACUAUCUACACACAAUAAAGGCUCCCCCAAGCCCGAGAGAACGGCAAGAUUGGUUUCUAGCUAUGUUGAAGAGUUGAGGCUGAAAUAUUUUAGGACGUCAAAUUUUCUAGAGAUGCCUCCUAAUCUGCCUGUUUCUUUGAAACAAAAGAACAAUUUAGUGCAACCGAAGAAUAUCAAACUAAGAAUAAGAACAAAUCCUAAGCAGAUUGGUAUCAAGCAUGGUAGAGUUAAACAAAAAUUACUCACUCUGGAAGGUGACACAGAUGAUAAUAAUCUCCUUGGACUCUCUUUAUCUAAAAAUACGAGCAUAAUGGAUGUCGACCAUACGAAGGAAUUUCACAAAUUAUUGAACAAAGAAGAUGUAGAGUCAUCAAAGAGCACAGGGUACGAUCCAGACCAUUACUUAAAUGAUAUUCCAGGUGACGAUGCAUAUGACAGUGACGAUGUGAUGGCCCCACUCAGAGAGAAGAGAAAACUUCAUGAAACCAAAAACUCUCAUGUGAUGAGAAGCGGCUCUGUAGUGAGCUAUUUCACCAGAGCAAAUAAUAAGCUGAAUGAUGAUUCAAUUCUCCCCAGUCUUCCCAAUGACAUAUCAUUGGAUGAUUACAUAGAACCCACAGCUUCUUUUACAACACCACAAAGAAACUCAUCCGUCGGCAGUUAUCAAUCAGACGUCCUGGAAUCCAGUACGUCGGGAUUACACGUCGCGAAUCCAGACCAGGGCUCUGAUUAA